GUGUCACGAUGCAGGAAGCAUGGCUGCCGAGCCAGAAGAAGCAGCCCAAAUUCCAGGUCAAAAAUUCCCCAAACACGGAGAUAAGAAUAUAACUGUCACAGAAAUGAAGACAAAUCAGGGGAGUGAUAAGCUACUGUGUCUUAGCAAUUAUGCUCCAUGGAAAGAGUAUUUCUAUGAAAAGGUACAGCAGAGAACUUUGAGUCUGCAGGAGACAAAGCUGAAAAUGUUUCAGGAGCAAAAGGCAAAAGAAGAAAAGGUAAAAAAGAGAGGACCCUGUGACUGGCUGCCCAAGGACUGGUUUAGUGAAGAGAAAUGCUCACUGGAUACUCGCACCUAUUUGCUUGACAAGCUCCUACCUACAUUAAUCCCAGGCGUGGAAAAGCUGUUAAUGGAAGUGGAAAGAAAGAAUGUGCUUGCAGCAGACAAACACCCAACCAAUUUUGACCCAAUUAUUUUUCUUGGAGAAUAUCUGAUGAGGCAUAACCCCAAGUCUGAUAUUUUUACAAAACCAGGCCCAUAUGUGAGAGGAAUGAGGAUGGUCACAGAGGAGCUAAAAAUCGAGGUGCCAGAUACAACAUCAAACAGGUUGGCAAGGAUGAAGUUUGAGGCAAGGAGCAAACGUAAUCAAAGGGAGCAGGUGGAGAAUAUAAAGUCUCAAGUGAAAGAGAAGAGAAAGGAGGCUCUGGCAAUUCAGUUCAAAGAAUGGACAGUGGAUGUCAGUGGGAGAAUACCAAUCGCACUGGUUCAGAGUGCCCUGAGGUCAUUUCUGGAUGUCAUUGCUUCUACUUCCAUAAGUGCAGGAAAAGCAAUCUAUGACAGGAAGCUGGAAAUCAUAGACACAUUGGAAAAAAAAGUAAACAUAGAUGAAUUCACCGAGUAUGUCCUUUCCACCAUUGAAGACUUUACAAGUGACAUGUUCCAAGAGCUGCUGAAGCAUCUCUGCCAGUGCGCGGGCGACUUCCGAGAAGCAAUAAGACACGAUAUGUGGAGGCAAAUGUUUACUGACCUCUUCCUAGCUUGUGACUAUGGGAAGGUUGGUCUCCUAAAUAGGCAAAUAGUACUUGCCCUAUUGGAAGAGUUCUAUGACAGAAGCCCUGUGAUUGCCAAGAGGAGAUUCUGUAACCCAAGACGAUGGCCAAUAGUUGAGCUGCAAGAGAUUGAGCUUGCAGAUUUGUGGGGAUGCCUUGAUGACCAAGAAGUUUUUGAGGAACUCAGUGAAAAGUCUGAACUAUCUCAGACAGAAAUUUCGGAGGGACAGAUUUUAGUGUCUGAACCGGUGGCUGAUGAUAGACAAGAUACCAAUGGAAUGAGCACUACAGUCAGAGAAGAUCUUUUAGAAUCUAGUGAUUUGGAUGGAGAUACAAUCCUUGGUGAGAAAUCUGGUGGAGACACCAGACCUGAAACACAAGCUGAAUCUGCAAGUGUAGACAAUCAGGGGGAAUCCUUCCCAAGAUCAGCCUUUACUGGAGAUGGUGUCACUAGAGAUGAAGAGACUGGAUCUGAAAAACAGAUGAAGGAAGGAGAAUUUAGCCUGGGUAGAGAGUCAGUUCCAGAAACCAAUAUGGGAGAAGACCAUACGAUCUUGGAUAGAGAACCUGGCAAAGAAGGGCAGGUUAGACAGGAGGAGGACAACUGGAUUGCAGAGCCGACUGAAACAAUUCCAGGACCAGCACCUGAAGCUACAAGAAUGGUUUUGGAAGAAGGAGCUGUCGCUGAGGAAGAAACUUGUGCAACAAAAGAGAGUUUUUCUAACCAACAUGACCACCAGUUUGGAAGACAGGCAAGCUCAGAGACAAGAGUGCAGGCUGAAGACCUUUUGCAAGACCGGGAUAAAGACUUGCGUCCCAUCAUGCUAGAGAUUCAGAGCUGUGGUGCUCCUCAGAUCAGGAGUGUUUUUGAUGAAAGCUCCCUCAACCUGCCGCAGUUUGUCCAGCUCAUGGAGACAUUUGUUGGUAGAGGCACUUCGCUGCCUACUGUGAAGAGUCUUAUUGCCUUUAUCCAAGAAGAAUACAAACAGACAGAAGAGGAAAAAAUUGAACAACUAAAGAAGGUUCACCGCAGCUCUCUCUUGGCCCGACGGAAACUGCUUUUGGAGGCACUCUUUGAAAAGUGGGACAGCAAUGCAUCUGGGUUUCUGGAUCUGAAAGAGGUAGAUGCUGUUCUAAGCACAUUCAAAGAAGGAAUGGAAAAAAAAGCCUUGAGGAAUGCAAAGAAGCACCUUUGCUUAAGCUACCCACAGCCUAGCAGAAUGGGAAAACUGUCCCCACGGACGUUCCAGACUUACCUUGAAUUAGUGGUUUCUGAGUUAAGUGGGGAUGAGGAUGAAGUCAUUGAUAACUUGGUGGAGUUCCUGAGCACAAGUGUGGAACGCAGUCACAUGGAGUAUCUGCAACACUCGGCCAGGAGGAAAUGGCUGCACAGCAUCCAGCAAGCAGCUGAGACCAGCGGAGCAAGCUUGGAACCAGUUUACAGAGCAGUGUUUAAAGUCCUCUCUCAGGAUGCCGAAGCCCAUGGGGAUAGCAAGAAGAUCAGUGCAUAUAUUGCCCUUUUGGAAGAGAACCAGAUCUCACCAGAGCGAGGACGGAUUCUCCUACGCUAUGUGGCAUGUACUGCAGAUGAUGCCCCAUAUGUCCUAAACCAGAUACUUUACAGAGACAUGAAAGGAGUGAGCUUUGCAGCUGUCGAAGAAGGGAAGCCAAUCCACGUUCCAAGAGUUCAGCUCCAUGGGAACAUCCACUUCUGGAACUAUGACCGCCCAGUGGAAGAGAGAAGAGGUUCAUUCCUGGUACUGCCAUUGCAAGAUGCUCGCUGGAGAGUCUUCGGAAUUCUAGGACUUGAUACACUUUGGGAUGAGUGUGAGAAAACUAUUUUUCUGACCCAUGAGAUCAGUUUCUAUCAGGGAGUUUCUCAUGCAUUCAGCAAUGCCUACCACCAUGUCUGCACACGGGAAAACAUUCUGCAAGAGAUGCUCACUGCUCUGGACUGGUUGUAUUCAAGAACAUCCAACAUCCACACUGUCAUUACAUAUUUUGUGGAGCCUGGCCAAGAUAAGACAUGUGACUAUGCUCUGCGGAAGAUGAUCACUGCAGAUCAUACAGGGCAAAGAGAAAUUCAUACCUCUUCUACUCUUCUCCUCAGAAAAGAGAACCUUUUAAGAGAUUACCUGUUUAAAUGCACAGACACUUCACAGGUCGUUGGCACCUAUCUCUACGGAGAAUACCACUUUGCAGUACCUCUCCGCGAUCUAUCAGGACAAGCUCUCGGGGCAUUAGACCUCAGUAUGGGACAUCACCAAGGAUUACUACCCCAUGAGCACAAAGACCUGCAGAAAAUGCUGAAGAUUGUCCAAGCUGCCUGCUCAGAGAUACUGAAGAUGUGUUCAGGGGAAACGGAACCAAUCUAUAUACUGGAGGCAGAAAACGUGGCAAGUUUGAGGCAUGCAGGGAUUCUUUUCCACCGGUUCAUGCUGCAGGACCUGCGUGAGUGUAUCCAGAAACUUAAAGCUGAGGACUUUGCUGAGAUAAAGAGCUAUGUAGAACCUCCAGCUCUGGUACACAGCAUAGUAAAGGCUGUGCUGUUGCUUUUCUAUCCAAAGUGGAAGGGCUCAGAGAAGAUUGAGAACUGGAGUCAGUGUAUACUGAAACUCGAUGACAAUUUGAUUCAGAAGAUUUACUGCUUUGAUCCAACUGCUGCAUCUGUGCAGGUUCAAGCAGAGGGGCUGCUGGACUGUAUAACUGGUAAAUAUCCUAGACUAGUUGUGAGGUUACCAGACACAGCUCAUCAGUGA